GCUUCAUACAACCAUAAACAGCAACACAAAAAAGGCAUUACAUUACACUCUAAACCAACAAAAUGGCCUCAGUUCAGUACUUCAAACCAGUUGGGCAGUCGUACAAUCAAGAGCAGCACCAAAAACAGCCAUCACUGGGCCAAAAAUUCUCCGGAAUGGUUGGCUCUGUCUUCAAGAAAGAUGAAACCCAUCAGACCAAACAAGGGCAUGCCCCCUUCGGAGCUACUGCUGCUAAUGGGACAUAUUUGCAUGGAAAGACCAGGAGAACCAAUGGUGAGCCCAAAAAGAGAGGUCUGCUCCAUAAGAUCAAAGAGGGUAUUUCUGGAAAUAGCGACAGCAGCAGCAGCAGCGAGAGCGACAGUGACGAUGAGAAAUCUGGAAGGAAGAAGAAAUAAGAGAUGGAGCUGAAGGAUGCGGUGGUGGCAUGGCAUGAUGAAAUCUGUUGUGUGUACUAAAUAAUGAACGUUUAUGGAGAAUAUUAAUAAAUAAACCUUGCAUGUUUUA